AUGUAUUCCAAGGUCAUUAUCUUCCUCUGUGCCGCGGGCAUUGCUUCCGCUGGUAACCUACUGCAUGCGGCACCCGUGGCAUACAGCGCACCCGCCACUUCUGUUUCUUACUCUACCACUACUACAUCCCACGCGGCUCCAGUAGCAGCUUACGCUGCGGCUCCAGUAGCGGCAUAUGCCACCGCUCCUGUCGCUACGUACGCUGCCGCACCUGUAGCCACAUAUGCCGCGGCGCCUGUUGCGUCUUACGCAGCGCCGGUUGUCACUAAGGCAGUUGCAGCACCUAUCGCUACAUACGCCACUGCCCCCGCUGCCGCGGUUUCCUACCAAUCCGUGUCUUCCCACACUAGCCCAGUAGCAUAUGCUGCUGCUGCACCUGUUAUCGCAAAAUCCUAUGCUGCUCCUCUCGUGGCCAGUACAUAUGCGGCUCCUGUACUCUCAAGGUCGUAUGCUGCGCCCGUUGUUACUAGGACUCACGCAGCACCAGUAGUCACGUAUGCUGCUGCUCCUUCCAUCUCAUAUGCCGCCCCUGCCAUCUCAUAUGCCGCUGCUCCUGCUGUUUCCUACGGCUACGGAGGCGGCCACGGAUGGAUAGCUUUGCGUUCUAAUGUGGGAGGGCCGGAAUCACCACGCCGGCGCUUAUACGCCGGUGUACUGCGCUCAAUGGCGCUAUAUGGUGCACCCAUAUGGGUGGACGCUCUCACCAUUCGUAAUAGCUCUUCUGUGGAGACCGCAGAGAGUUAUACUGGUAAGAGCGGUACGAGGCUACCGUACGGUGUCGUGGAUGGCGGCGACACUUCUUGCGAGCGAUCCGCUCUGGGAACUCCAGGCCGAGCGAAAAAAAAAGAAAAAAGGAUAGCUUUGCUUUAG